GUCAAACACAUUUUUGUCAGAGGCCAGCACUGGGCACAUGUUCUCACACUCGUUUCCCACAUUACAUCUUCACUGUAUGAUCCUUCUCUCUGUCUACAUCCCCAGACGUCAACCUUCAUCCAGACGAAUAUCUUUUUCUUUCCCCGGUGGAUUGAGGGUAACUUCCAGGAACCCUGAUGAUACACCAUGGACCUGGUCGGCUGGCUUGAUGUGGCUAUUUUGCUUUCACUGUUGCAGUGCAUCAAAGGCACAGGGACAGCCAAGCAAUGGACCUAUGCAGGUGCUGCAGGUCAGUCUGAAUGGCCAGUUUUGUUCCACGAGUGUGGAGGGUCGUCUCAGUCCCCCAUCAACGUAGACACUUCGGAAACUCGGUACGACCCAUCCCUUCCUGAGAUACGGCCGCUGGGAUAUGAGCAGUAUGGCCACGAACCCUUCACACUCUCCAACGACGGCCACACGGAGUCUUUUUCUCGCUCCUUUUUGGCAGUGAUGAUCCUGUUGCCAAGCUGGAUGGGUUUGGCCGGGUUGCCAUGGCAAUUUAGUGCUCUUCAGCUCCACCUGCAUUGGGGGAAUGGAGUAAGUUUGGCUACGGGAAGCGAGCACACAGUCGAUGAACAGAGUGCUUCUGCAGAGCUCCAUGUUGUGCAUUAUAACUCUGCAUUGUAUUCCAACGUCACUGGAGCCAAAACUCGAGAAAACGGACUGGCCGUUCUUGCGGUUCUUAUCGAGGCAGGUGAGGAGACCAAUCAGGCAUACGCUAACAUCUUGAACUACCUAAAUCGCAUCAGGUACGCAGGUCAGAGUACGCUUAUCCCGGCGUUUGAUGUGAGAACCCUGCUCCCGAAAGAUCUGAGCCGUUAUUUCCGCUACAGUGGCUCGCUCACUACUCCUCCCUGCCACCAGAGUGUGAUGUGGACUGUCUUUGAUGAGAAGGUCAAGGUCUCUUUCUCCCAGUUGCUGAAGUUGGAGACAGUGCUGUACUCUGAUUCUGCCGAACGCAAUCCACUCCAGGACAACUAUCGCACCAUACAACCACUCAACAAUAGGACAGUGCUUUCUUCUUUCGUCCCUGUUUCUGCAAACAUCUACACUGCUGGUAAAAUCUCAGCUAUUGUAACAGGCGGUCUGUGUGGGUGUGUAGGCUUGGCCUUGAUUCUUUACUUCAUCAUAAAGGCAAUUCGCACUAAAGACACCGCCAGGGAUGUAGCAUUGAGGACAACCUCUGACGCUGGGACAAAUGAAGAGGCCACUCCACAGUCCAAACCAUGACCUUCCACAUCUGAACUUUCACAGUCUGCCUCUACUGGCCAUUCGGUCAAACCCUAAAUACGCAUCCAUUUAUA